GUGCGUAAGAAUACAGAAGAUCCACCUUGUAAAUAGUGCGUGAGAAUGCAGAUGAUCGUGAGCCGUAAACGCGAUGAGCUGCUUCAGUUCCGAGAAGUGCCGGUAAAACGGAAAAACGACCGCUAGCUGGAGUAUUUAAGGCAGCUUCUUCGGACUGGCAGCGUUAGUGCACUUUUACCAGAUACACAAUGGACAAAUACCUGCGGUUCUUCAUCAAAUUUCAGCCGUACAUGAUCGUCUUGUUUACGCUGCAGAUGGUGAUGGUGCUUACACCGGCGAUGGCACAGACUGAAACGGACGGAAUCGAAAAUCUACGCUUCGGAGGCAAGGUGGCAGUAGUAUUCGGCUUCAGCUGGGCCCUCGCUGUGGUAGCGCUGAUCACGGCGAUACAUAAGGAAGACAAACGACUCAUCUAUCCGUACGCGUGCUUGUUUGGGUUUGAGCUUCUGCUUCUAGUACUGCGCGAAUUUUACAUCAUUGCAGUCCAUGGGUUUUUUAUCGAAGUUUUAACAAUCAAAAUGUACGUCGCAGCGCUAGGUAAGUGGCAUUUUCACGCUCCUGUAACCUGCCCGUGGCUUCAUUUCCGACUGAUUGUUGAACACUUUCCAGUUGUACCGUACGUUUGUGCAAGCCUGUUUGCACUGCACCGGCUGUUCACGGUGGACCCGAUCGAAACCCGGCGUGACGAGGGAUUUGUGCGCUUUGAUCGCAACGAGAUGGCGGCCGUCGCGGAAAGCCAAAUUAGCUCCUCAACCAUCAGCCCCGUGCCCAAUCAUAAUACACCGCAGGUGGUGUAGGAGAAGGAUAAAACUAUGCUACGGUGUACACACUAACCAAGGUUUAACGUUGCGCUGUGACACCAUCAACGCCAUUGCCAUUGCUCGAGUGCCCUGUGUGGGGGUGUAUGAUUAGGAAUAAACGAGAAAUCGUCAAGAUACCUUUUUAAUGGUCAAGUUACCAAUAAACGCGUUCAGCUUAAGUUAAAAACAAAA